AUGGUUCGAGCCUCGAGAUCACUGUUCGCCAUUGUCGUGCCCUUAUUUGUCCUCGCCUUUCUGUUCUCGCAUUCAAGUCGACAUCGCCCCGAACCCACCCCUCCAGCAGAAGCAGAAGCAGAAGCAAAAGCAAAAACCCCAACCGACGACAUUGUCCUCACGGAACAAACGCCUGAGGGACUUGCCACGACUGUCAUCUCUAAUGUCGAUAUUCUCCCCCCAUCCCAUCUACUCACAAUUGACGACGAUGGCCAACCCGUCAUCGACAAGGAAGCAUAUCGCAUCAUCUAUUCCAACUCGACCGUCAGCGGCAACUACUUUCCCAUCUUCCUUGGUGGGGGCACAGGCUCCAAUCCCAACAUCAUUCCGCAUCCCACCAAAUUCGAAGCCUGGAUCGUCCUGGUGCAAAAGGUCCCCAGCAAGGCUCCCGAGGAUUUCUCCUCCCAACUCAUCUGCAACGCGGGCUUCCUCAACGACGUGCUGACAUGCAUGGCCGAACCCACUCCCUUGAUGCUGGAGUCUACCAAGGGAACCUGCCAGGAUGAAUUGGGCCACUACAACUUCGAACAUGGCCCACGAGACGCCCGGCUCUUCUACGGUCCCGUGGCGCCAUAUAUUCUGUACGGCUCGCAUUCCCAAUAUACCUGUCUAGGCAUGUGGCUCCAAGACUUCCGCAUGCUCCUAGAUGACUACCGCAUCGAAGCCGUGCUCGCCAAAGACUUUAUCAAACCGACCGAGCUGCAACGCCCGCCGCCCUUCAAGGGCAUCGAGAAGAACUUCUUCGUCUUCUGGGACAUGGCGGGGGACAUCUACCUGCAGAGCGACCUGGUCCCCAAGCGCGUCUUUGCGAAAGUCGACCUUGACGGUUCCAUCGGACCAGACCUGGCUCCUCUCGCUGCCGAUACCGACGACAAGUGUCUGGCGCGAUACAUGCCCGCGGCCGUCUUGGAGAAGUCGGCAAUCCAGCAAUCAACCAACUCGUUGGCCAUCACGCUGUGUCGCCGCGCAGACCCGAAAUGCAAGCCUACGGAUCAAAACACGUUUGUUCUGACCUUGUUUCACUAUAAAACCGCCUUUGACGGCCACAGCAUCUAUGAGCCCUAUGUCAUGCUGUUCCAGCGGGCCGCGCCCUUCGCCGUCCAUGCCAUCUCCACCAAACCGCUCUGGAUUGCUGGGAGGUCGAAAUUCUCCAAGUAUAGCGGCAAUGUUCAUUGGGAAGAUCGGACUGACUUGCCCGAGAACCAUUCCGAGAUGUUCUACGUGCGCAGUCUCACGUGGAGGUCUCAUGGACAGAAGUAUCAUGGAUACAUCGACGAUAUUCUGUUCCUUGGUUUCGGCAUUGAAGACUCGAGGCCGGGGGCUAUUGAUGUCGUGGCGAGUGACUUGUUGCAGGAUCUGGGCUUUUGUGCGGACAUCAAAUAG